AUGCCAGUGCAUUUUGACACACAUCAUGUUGUAAGAAGUUUGCAAGAUAAAGGUUUUACCACUGCCCAAUCCGAAGCUAUUUUGUACGUUAUGAAAGACGCGAUGGCAGAUUCAUUAGAAGCGCAAUCACGUAUUCUCGCGACAAAGUCGGAACAUGUCGAACUUAAAGCCGAAUUAUCCGAACGAGUAUUUAACUCGACACUUAAAUUCGAUAUUGCACAACGUCAUUCACGUGAGCUACUGGAACGUGAUUUCAAUACGUUAAAACAAGACAUUCGAAUGCUUGAAAAGAUUGAUUUUGAUAAAAUUCGAAUGGAAAUUGCCGAGCUUGAGAAGAAAUUUCUAUUGCAAAAGCAGGCGGAAGAUGAGACGUUGAAUGAGUUACGAUUAUCCAUGGAAAAGGUGGAAAAGCGAAUGCUUCAGUAUGCAGUUGGUUUUGCCGGUACGAUCAUGGCGGUGGGUGCUGCAUUAACACGUUUAGUUCUCUAG